CAAAUUCGGCUGCACUUUGUCCAAUUCAAUCCCAGACUUCAAAUCAGUUCAAAGUCAAAGCCCAAAUGGGAGGAGUUGAGAUGCCUCUAUUUGGAUGUGGUUUCCAGAAGAUGGCCUUGAACAUGGAUCAGCAGACGCUACAUGUCACUGUGCAGGGAUAGUAGCCAUGGCAGAUCGAGUCUUUUUGACUUGAGGCAGUGAGCGGAAGUGGAUGGCUCUCCUAAGAGGGCAGGCUGGCGUGGAUCUGUUAUCCAGCAGUCAUGGCGGAAAAUCCCUCUCAAUUGGCCCAGUUUCAGGCAUUUCAGGAGAACACCGAGACAUGGCCAGAGCGCAAGAAGGCCAACGACUUGGUGCUGCAACAUUUGACUCAUGUGGGUGCAAAGGCUGAGCUCAUAGCAAGCUUGCAGGAGGUCUUCGAACAUCACUGUAAUAGCCCGAAAAGCGAACACGACUCGGGUGAGAGUGAUUCUUCGCUUCUGGAGCAGAUGCUGAAACAGUAUAAAAGCAUGGAGAACACCCUCGCGAAACAGGAGCUGCAAAAGGAUGAUGACUUGUGGGAGAGAAUGAAGGCCAAGGCGGCAGAGAUUGUGGGUGUGGAAGACGACGAGAAGAAGAAGCCGAUGCUGCAGACGGAGAAGCAAACUGCAGAGAAGGAGCCAAAAGAGAAGAGUGAGGAUACAGAGCCUCCCAUAGAGUCCAUUUGGAUUCGUUUGCAGUCGCAAUGGACCAGUAAUCGAGUGCGAUUUCGUGACUUCGACGACGAAGUCAGACGCGGUCAUUACUGCCCCGAAGGAUGUUGUGUAGAACACAAGGCAACGUCCUCCCGCCCGGAGGACUCGACGCUUCCUGGGCUCGAGGGUGGACUCCGAUCGGGGCUCCGGGUUCACUUGGAGAGGUUUGCCCACUGCUGGGAAGGCGCCGGAUGCCUUCGUCUCCGACGCGAGCGGCGUGAGACGAGCGAGCGGACCGAGUGGAGCCCGGCGUGAGCCCUAUAGGCCCGAAGGCUGCCAGCUCUGGAGAAAGGCCGGUGGAUUCCGCAGACCAGGCGGUGCAGGGACACCCUGAUCCAGCCAAGUGCAUGGGCAGCUUCCACCUCCAAUGGCCUGCCUCCGGCUGCAACAAGGGAGCUACGGCUUGAGACUGCCACGACUCCGUGACGCGAAAAGAAGGAGCCAACAGGGCGAGAGCGCAGUUGUUCGGUCACUCGG